AAAAAUUACAACCAAGGAAGCGCUCUCCCCCAUCUUUGAGGGCACCUUCGGUUCCUUCCACGUUCUCGGAGAUCGAAAUCUAGGGUUUAUUGAUCGAGAUUCUUGAGAUGUUGUCGAGAUGGAGAAGCGCGGCUUCCAAUCCAUCCACUCUGGGAUUGAUUCAUGGAUUCGUAGCUCCCAGAGAGAUGUAUUCACUCGAUCGAUGCUAUUCUAAGGUUGCCGCUGCGCCGGCGGCACAGGCGACGACGGAAAGCUCAAGUUCCACUUCUUCUUCGCGUCCGAAGCGCUUUGUUGAGAAGCCGGAGGUCAGGUUACAUGCAUUGUUCUGGUCCAAGCCCACAUCAUUAGCUUUGGCUCCAAAUUCCCCUUUGAGAAUUGAAGAGCCUAAAUUUGAGGGCUUCCGUUAUAUAAUGCUGAAGCUACUAUUGUUUUACAGUAAACAGAGCAAGGCCAUUAGAGGUGCUAAUGUGGUCUAUCGACGCAUCACUUCACAGAUUGACAAGCCAUCUAUUUAUGAUGUGUUCCACCUGGAAAAAACUUUUAAAACUACAUUUUCCUUGCUUGUGCUUCACAUGUGGCUUUUCUUACGCCGCUUGAGGGAAGAAAGCAAGGAAGGAUCUGAAUUUGGGCAAUAUCUGUAUGAGAUCUACAAUCAUGACCUAGAGCUGAGAGUAUCUAAAGCUGGGGUUAAUUUGCUUUUGACCAAAUGGAUGAAGGAAUUGGAGAAGAUAUUUUAUGGGAAUAUUGUAGCAUAUGAUGCUGCUAUGAGUCCUGAAGCUAAACAUGAUGAUCUUGCGAAUGUCAUUUGGAGGAAUGUUUUCUCUGAUGAUGGGUCUGAGAUGUCAAGCGAUGCUGCGAAAUCCGUGGUUCAGGCCAUGUCAAGAUACAUUCGCAGGGAGUCUACUUGCCUAUCAUUGACAGAUAAAGAUGCUAUAUUCUCCGGGAACUUCAUGUUUACCCCACUUGAAAGUCAUGCACCUCGCCCUGAGAAGCCGAAAUGAAUUCAACUAACUAUUCUAAUGUCAGAAUCUACCGUUCAGUGAAUAAAGAAUUAUCUUAUGAUACCUUGAUCCUAAUGGACGCGAGGGUUAUAUAUAUUCGGUAAGUCGACCAUGCAUCACAAUUCAGAGAAGAAUCAGUCAUUUGAUUUCGCCAGCAGUUCGAAUUCUACUCUUUCUUUCAAAGAGGAGCUUAUUUACAACUUUUGUGUGCAGUUAGUGUUAAGCUUAUGGAUAAAGGCCUUUCAACCUCUUGAAUUUGAGAACUUUUCAUUGUUUUUUUUUGAAGGUUUAGAAACUUAAAUUAUACUGUUAUUCAGUUUUCUUUUUUUUUUUAAUUAUUAUUAUUUCUAUCA